AUGGAUCUCGAGCCUCAUCGAAAUAUUGCUGUCAAAAGUAAUCCAGGAUAUCAUAAAAUGACCGAAGAGGGGGAGCACAGUCGAAGUCCAGACGAAUGUGCCCAAGCAGGCCUUUGGGAGGUUGAGCCACUAUAUUACAGUAUCCCUGGUCGGACGGACCGCAGUCGUCGCGGCAAGGCUUACCGCAAAAGAGCAGACGGCGAAAUAUGCUGUUUCGAAGCGCAUGAUGGGGUUCUGUACAAACCAGGUGACACUGUCUAUAUCGAGGCAACUCCUUCUGAUCCUUAUAUUGUUGGGUCAAUUGCAAUGUUCAAGAUGACAAAGAGAGAUAUGCUGUCUGUGAAGAUAUCGCGGUUUUUCCGACCGGAAGACGUGCCAGAAAUUUCACUUAGCCUCAUUUCACAAGAACGAUUAGAGAUGGAUUUCGCAGAAGAGCCAACACCAGAAGUGCUUUCUCGUGAGCUAUUCACCUCCGAAACGACAGCAUUCCAUUCUAUUUCAAGCCUAAGAGGCAGGUGCGAAAUUGCUUUCGUCAAAGAUAUACGAAGCCUUGGCGGGUGUGACCUCAGUAAAGAGAAUACGUUUUUCUCGUGUCUGUCGUACAAUCAAGAAUCAUCCAGGCUGGCGUCCGUGCAAGGAGAAAUUCGAGUUGGUGCCUCGUACCAGGCAAAAUUGCCGGCUGAGGCGACUUGCUCAGUAGCAGAUGAAGCCGAUCGUGAUGAACUUCUCUAUCGGCCUGGUAUGAUCGAUCCAGGUACUGAGGACAAGUAUAUAAAAUUGGCUCGAAGCUUUCGAAUGUUCGCCAUGAUGGAAACUAGAAUGUUGGACACGGAGAAACACUCGCGGGUUAGCGAUCUUCUCUUUGACGAUGCGCUUACAACACUGCAUCGUUGCGGAUACAAGUUCGAUGAAGCGCUCAAAGAAAUGAAUGCAAAUGAUAAACUGCUUUCUGCUGACGCAAAUUUCAUGACUGUAGAGGACACCAAGAAGUUCUGCAAGGGUAUCAAGACGAUAGGGAAGAACUUUGUGCGCAUAAGCCGUGAACUUCUACCCCUCCAUAGCAGGGACCAGUUGGUAGGUUUCUACUAUUUGUGGAAGAAAACCUCAGAUGCUGUAAAACCCAAACCGCUCUCAAGACAGCGAAAUCAAGUGACAUCCAUCAAAAGGAAUUCAAAGAACUCCCAAAGCAAGACAUCUCGACCGGCGUCCACGGAGUUAUUGGAUUACGCCUCGGCAAGCGAAGGCGAAAUGGAAGGAUUCGAUGCAGAAAAGGCUGCACAAUACGCUUGUCAUCACUGCUAUGGCUCAAAGAGUCGUGACUGGCAUCAUGCUGGUAGAGAUGGUUUGCUAUUGUGUUCGGACUGUCGUCUUUUCUAUAAGAAAUACGGUCAACUGCGUCCGGUUGAUCGUCCUUCUACUGUUCCUCCAUGUCUUUUCAAACGUAGUCCUUCUGGGCUGGAUGUUGAUGAGGACAGCGGUGUAAGAACAAGGGCUGGGAAGAAGGAACGACGAAGAACCCCUUCGAUAGGCGAAGAACGCCGCAGCCCGAGUCAAGCGGCUUCUAUACAUGAGUUCGAUCUCGACAAAGUGCCUAUCACUAAGGCAAAGAAUGGGAAAAGGAAACGAGCAAAUCACCUGCAGCAUCAUAAUGGUCUACCUUCUACUACCAACAGUGCAAAGAAAAAGAAGGAGGAUGUGGAUGAAGAUAGCAGCAGCGGAAAAGAGGAACCAGUCGCUGAGGAGGCGAAAGGAACAGUGAUGACGGAGGCUGUGAAAAAAGAGGAGAAUGCUGCUUUGUCUCCAAAUUCUGCCAGUGCAAACGCUGUAGAGAAACUUUCAGCAAGUAAUAGUAACGAGACUGUCUCUGAUUUGAAAAUGGAACUCGAAUCUGGCAGACCCUUGGAGAAACUAGAAAAAGUAGCGAGGAUGGUAGAGGAGGUGAAACCUGAGAACAGUCACGUCGAAGAGCUUAAGAAGGAGGAGAAACUCUUCGAUGAUAUCGAAUCCGAUGAAAACGAUGAGAACGUAGCCAGUGUCAUCACCGAUGAUAACACAUGGAAACAUGGUGAUCAGGAGGCAUGUUCGUCAAAGAAUGCAAUAUUUGUGCAGACGAUCGUUCGACCAUGCGGUCAGAUGUGUGCACGAACAGAUCUGUCAUAUCGUAUGCCAAGCGAUUGUGAAUGGGCGAGGCGAAAACGCGAGAAGAAAGAAAAAGCUGCAGCAGCUGCAGCAGCUCAGCAACAACCGCCGACUCCGACACAACCAAAAAAGCCUGACAUCAACGGCAUGAUUUCUGGAGGCAUUGCUGACUUAUCGCGAGUGGCAGCGAUGAAUAGCCAAAUCCCUAUGUUUUCUGGGAUGGAUCCUAUGACGGUUGCUAUGAUGCAGCAAAUGCAGCAAGCACAGCUGUUGGAAGCUCAACAGCAUGCUGCAGCUCAGCAACAACAUAUGAUGAAGAUGGAGAUGCAGCGUCAGCUAGCAGCUGCUGGCCGUAUCCCAAUGAUGCCUUUUAUGGACCAGCGAAUGGCCGCAGCCACCGCCGGUCUACCUUUUAUGCCAAGUCAGCAGCCGACAGACAUGCAGAGAUUUCAGAUGGAAAUGAUUCAAGCGCAACAAAUGGCUGGCGCAAUGAGUGGUGCAAUGGCCCCUCCUCAGGGUCUCGCAUCUCCCGAAAUACAGGCUCUCAUGAUGCAAAUGAUGAUGGCCAACCAAAUGACCAUGCCUCCAAUGGCUCCUCCCUCGAUGCAGGCUACCACUGCGAUGUCUGCUGGCUUGCCUCCCAGCUUAGGACUCCAUCCUGCUCUCAUUUCUUCAUCGCAAGCGAAUGGCAUCAUGGCAAGUUCUGACAUGAUGCGACGGUUACAACAGGAAGGUUUUCCUAUGCGUCCGCAAUAA